CUAUUUGGACACAAGCAAAGCCUAGGCACACACGAGAGAGAGACGGAGAGAGUGGGGGGGGGGGGGGGCUCCGACGAGAAAGACCACCCAGAUACCUUCUUCGGAGCUUCCAUUAUCUAACCACAAAACAAAAGUUUCAGUCUUUUAGGUUUUCUCACCAUCAAUCUCUCUAAAAAUCCGAAAAAGGUUCUUGAGAAGUAUUUGUUGUUACAGCAGGACUUGUUCAUAUUUUAUAUUGGACGUAAUGAAAUUUAUUGUUUUGGCUAAAAGAGUGACUGAAUUUCGGUUAAGAGGAUAAGAUGCCAUCUGGGGUUCUUUUGAAACUGAAUUUUGGAUUAAGGAGAGCGAUUGUUGGUAGAAAUUCGAUUCCUUUGGUGUCGAAGACUAGCCAAUUUUCAUCAAGGAGAUCUCUUGUUAGGAGUUCAAUGGCUGCUUCCAGUUCUAAAGCUGUCUUUGGUGAUGUUCAUAUUGAUGACAUGAUUGCCACUUGUGGGAAUGGAUUGGAGUUUUCAAAACCCAGUGCUGCUUUUUUCUCUGAUAGAAGUCGUUCUAGUUGUCUAAAAGCGAGUGUUAAAAUGAGAAAUAGGGAGUUGCCAAAUAGUCGUUUGGUGUGUGGAAACUUUAUGCUUGAUGCAAUGAGAGGGAACGGUAAGGCAAAUAAUUUAGUUGUUGGAACAUUGUUGAAGAAAUUGUAUUCUUCGUCUUCUGUGUGUUUCUCUGCUGGGGCUGCUCAAGAUGUGUUAUUUGAUGGGAAUUCUCGCGAGGAACAGCUGGUGGACUCCACUGUGGUAUCUGGCCAGAAUACUGUUGAUGACAGAAACUUGAAGCUGCUCUCUGGAUCAUGUUACUUGCCACAUCCUGAUAAGGAGGAGACUGGUGGGGAAGAUGCUCACUUCAUAUGUGAAGAUGAACAAGCUAUAGGUGUAGCAGAUGGUGUAGGAGGCUGGGCAGAUGUAGGAGUCAAUGCAGGGGAAUUUUCUCGUGAACUUAUGUCUCAUUCAGUUAGUGCAAUUCAAGAGGAACCCAAUGGUUCCUUUGACCCAGCCAGGGUGUUGGAGAAGGCUCACGCAAAAACAAAAGCUCAGGGUUCUUCAACGGCCUGCAUCAUUACCCUUAAUAGUGAGGGAAUACGUGCUAUUAAUCUGGGAGACAGUGGAUUCAUGGUGGUGAGAGAUGGAUGUACUAUCUUUCGAUCCCCAGUGCAGCAGCAUGGCUUCAAUUUUACAUAUCAACUGGAAAGUGGCAAUGGAGGUGAUCUACCCAGCUCUGGGCAGGUUUUUACAAUUCCUGUUGCUCCUGGUGAUGUCAUUAUAGCUGGGACAGAUGGAUUAUUUGACAACUUAUAUAACAAUGAGGUUGCUGCUGUUGUGGUGCAUGCUAUAAGAACUGGCUUAGGGCCUGAAGCAGCUGCUCAGAAGAUUGCAGCUUUGGCACGCCAGCGAGCAGUGGAUAGGAACCAGCAGACACCGUUUUCCACUGCAGCUCAAGAUGCUGGGUACCGAUACUAUGGUGGCAAACUCGAUGACAUCACUGUCAUUGUGUCAUAUAUAACGAACUCCGCCAAUAUGUGAUUCUGUCUUCUCCUACAUGGCUACACUGUGUUCAUUGGCGUGGCUCGAAUGCUAUUAGUUCUGAGUUUUUGAUGAGAAACCAUGUUGAGGAAGUUCUUUAUAAUGGCGCUCUAUGUUCCUUUUACCA